UACUUAGAUCAUCUGUCCUCACAACAGGGGAUUCAUUAGUUAGGGGAACAGAAAGGAGGUUCUGUGGAUAAGAAGGAGAUUCCUGGGUCAUGUGUUGCCUCCUGGACGCCAGGUUCCUCCACAUUUUGGAUUGAGUCCUCAGUAUUUUCAAGUGGGGGAGGGUGAACAACCAGUGUUUGUAGGUACCAAUUACAUAGGCAGGAAGAGUGACAAGGCUCUGCACAGUGAGUUCAGGGAGGUAGGUGCUAAGUUAAAGGGCAGAACCUCCAGGAUUGCUACCCAUGCCAUGUACUAGUGAGGCCAGAAGUAGGAAGAUUAUACAGUCUAACAUGUGGCUAAGGAAUUGGUGUAAUAGAGAGGGCAUCAGAUGAUUUGGCUCUCUUCCAGGGAAGGUGGGACCUGUUUGCACCUGAACUUGAAGGGGAUGAAUAUCCUUUCAGGAAGGUUUGCUAAUGGUGCAUGGGGAUGGGGAGGGGUGUUAAAUUAGAGCUGCAGGGGGGUGAGAACAAGAGCGCCAGAACAGUUGGUGGAGAAGUUGUGGAGACAGAUAUUGUUAAGAAAUCAAAGUCAGGAAUGAAAUGGUUGAGCACAGUGUGACUAAUAUCCUGAUAUGUGCAUAUUUCAAUGCAAGGAGUAUCAUAGGAAAGGCAGAUGAGCUCAGGACAUGGAUCAACACCUGGAGUUAUGAUAUUGUACCUAUUAGUGAGAGUUGGUUGCUGGAGGGGUAGGACUGGCAGCUCAAUAUUUUGGCGUUUUGUUGAUUUAAUAAGAAAGUGGGAGAGAUUGAAGGAUGAGGGGUGCCAUUACUAGUCAGGGAAGAUGUUAUGGCACUCUCAGUCAGGACAGACUGGAGAACUAAACUUGUGAGAUGUUAUAGAUGGAACUGAGUAAUAAGAAAGGUAUCACCGCAUCAAUGAGGUUAUAUUACAGACCACCCAGCAGUCUGAGGAAUUUAGAGGAGCAAAUUUGAAGAGAGACUGUUGCAAGAAACAUAAAGUUGUUAUAAUUGGUGAUUUUAACUUUAUAUUGACUAGCACUCCUUUACUGUACAGAGACUAGAUAGGAUAGAGUUCAUCAAAUGUGUUCAGGAAAAUUUCCUUAAUCAGUACAUAAAAGUCCCAGUGAGAAAGUGUUCAAUAUUGGAUCUGCGGUUAGGGAAUGAGGUUGCCUUAGCAGACAAGUUGAAGGAGAAUCCCAAGGUAUUCUGCCGAUAUGUUAAGAGCGAAAGGAUUGCAAAGGAGAAAACUGGUCUUAUGGAAGAUCAGAAUGAUAAUCCAUGUGUGGAACCAAAAGAGAUGGAGAGAUCUUAAAUGAAUUUUUUGCAUCUCUGUUUACUCAGGAGAAGGGUGCAGAGUCUAUUGAAGUGAGACAAAACAGCAUCAACUUCGUAGGCCCUGUACGGAUUACAGAGGAGGAGGUGUUUGUUGUCUUGAGGUAAAUUAGUGUGGAUAAAUGCCCAGCACCUGACAAGAUGUUCCCUUGGACCCUGUGGAAGGCAAGUACGAAAAUUGCUGGGGCUCUAGCAGAAAUAUUUAAAUCUUUAUUAGAGACAGAUGUGGUAUCAGAGGAUAGGAGGAUGUUGUUCCACUGUUUAAGAAAGGCUCUAAAAAUAAACUGGGAAAUUAUUCGCCAGUAAGCCUGACAUCAGUUGUGGGAGAGUUAUUGGAAGGUAUUCUAAGGGAUGUGAUAUGAGUAUUUGGAUAGUCAUGGACUGAUUAUGGAUAGUCGGCAUGGCUUCAUGCAUCAUAGGUCGUGUCUAACCAAAGUUACAGUUUUUUUUUGGAGUUUACCAUGAAAGUUUAUGAAGACAAUGCAGUGGGUGUUAUCUACAUGAACUUCAAGAAAGCAUUUGACAAGGUCCCCCAUGGGAGGUUGGUCAAGAAGGUUCAGCCACUCAGCAUUCAAAAUAUGGUAGUAAAUUGGAUUAGACAUUGGGUUUGUGGGAGAAACUAGAGAAUAGUAGUAGAUGGUUGACUCUCUGACUAGAGGGUUGUGACUAGUGGAGUGCAGCAGGAUAUGUUGUUAUUUGUCAUUUAUAUCAAUGAUCAGGAUGAUAAUAUGGAUAACUGGAUCAGCAAAUUUGCAAAUGACCUCAAGUUUGGGGUGUAGUGGACAGCGAGGAAGGCUGACAUGGCUUGCAGCAGGAUCUGGACCAGCUGGAAAAGUGGGCUAAAAACGGCAGAUGGAAUUUUAUGCAGUCAAGUGUGAGCUCUUCAGUAGAACCAACCAAGCAUUCAUUAAUCAAUGGCAUCAAGAAUCUAAGGACAAAGUAAUGAUGCUUUUGCUGACACAUCUUCCAUUACUGAAGCCAGGAAAUAUUGAUGCAAAAAAAGAGUACAUGAAGCUUCUGCCUAAAAUUUUGGCUCAUUCUAUUGAGAACAAUCAGCACAUAGAAGAAAGCAGGCAGCUUUUAUCUUAUGCUUUGAUCCAUCCUGCCACCUCAUUGGAGGACAGAAAUGCACUAGCAAUGUGGCUCAACCAUUUAGAGGAUCGCACCUCUGGUUAUGGAAGCCAGAGUAGGGGACGCCAUGAUUCGAUGGAUUUUGGGCAAACUCUUUAUUAUCACCAAAGACAGAACUCUGAUGACAAGCUCAAUGGUUGGCAGAGUUUACGUGAUUCUGGAAUUUGUGUGUCUACUUCUAACUGGCCAGACAAGAACCAGGCUUGUGAGAAUGGGCAUUUGCCUCUUUAUUCUUCUACUUCUGUACCUGCAACUAUCAACACUAUUGGGACUAGCACAACCACAAUUCUCUCAGGCCAGACACACCACAGUCCUCUGAAGCGUUCAGUAUCUCUUACCCCACCAAUCAAUGUGCCAAAUCAGCCUCUAGGUCAUGGAUGGAUGUCCCAUGAAGACCUGCGAGCAAGAGGACCUCAGUGUAUCCCGUCAGACCAUGCUCCUCUGUCCCCACAGAGCAGUGUUGCUUCUUCUGGUAGUGGUGGGAGUGAACAUCUUGAAGAUCAAGCAGUAACACGAAACACAUUCCAAGAGGAGGGCAGUGGCAUGAAAGAUGUUCCAGCCUGGUUAAAAAGUUUGCGACUGCAUAAAUAUGCAGGUUUGUUCUCCAAGCUCACGUAUGAAGAAAUGAUGGCACUCACGGAAGUUCAACUGGAAGCACGGAGUGUUACCAAAGGUGCAAGGCACAAAAUUGUUCUCAGUAUACAAAAGCUAAAGGAGAGACAGAAUGUACUCAGAUUGCUGGAAAAGGACAUCCUUGAAGGUGGCAAUCUCCGCAAUGCACUUCAGGAACUGCACCAAAUGAUUCUAACUCCAAUCAAACCUUACAGUUUUUCUCAUAGUCAGAACACAAGUGAACAAAACCAAACUUUUGACUCUCAAUCCUCUAUCAUGAGUUCAGACAGCAGCUUAGGAAGUCGGCUUUCUGAUGUGAAGGACUCUGCUGCAGGUGGAAUUCAGCAACAUAGCGUCACAGGGUGUGAGGGUGAGUCAGGCAGUGCUGUUGUUCCACAAGGGGAUCUACCUGGACAGUUUACAAGAGUCAUGGGUAAAGUAUGUACACAACUGCUUGUAUCCAGACCAGAUGAAGAAAACAUAAGUUCCUACCUGCAACUCAUUGACAAAUGUGUAGCUCAUGAGGCUUUUACAGAAACACAGAAGAAAAGAUUAUUGUCUUGGAAACAGCAGGUUCAGAAGCUGUUUAGAUCUUUCCCCCGGAAAUCUCUCUUGGAUAUGCCAGGCUAUCGACAGCAAAGAAACUGGGGCUUCAGUCAGUCCAACUCCCUACCAGCAGCUGGAUCUGUGGGUGGAGGAAUGGGUAGACGAACUCAACGUCAAUUCCAGAUGCCCCCUCGAAAUCUACCCACUGCUCGUCUGGGUCUUGUGGGUCCAAGUGGACUCAUGGGUACUCCACAGCGCAGUGCAACAAGCAAUCCAGCCAUAUUAAAACAAGGAAGGCAGAACCUUUGGUUUGCUAACCCUGGAGGAAGUAAUAGUAUGCCAAGCCGAACCCAUAGUUCUGUCCAACGUACACGCUCACUGCCUGUUCACACAUCACCACAAACCAUGUUGACGUUUCAGCAGCAAGAGUUCCAAGUGCCAGUGACAGAACCUGAUAUAAACAACAGACUGGAAUCAUUAUGUCUCAGUAUGACUGAACAUGCCUUGGGUGAUGGCGUUGAUAGAACUUCUACUAUCUAGCAAGGAUAAACUACACCAGUUGAUGCUGGCUCUGAAUCUUAUAAAUAAUCGUGGGUUCAGACCACAUUCACAAGUUCCAGUCACGUGCCCUGGUCAGGGUCAACUGAUACCUUGUGUCAUGUUUCUGCAAGCUGUAAUGAACAUUUUAUUUUUACGCAAGUGUUUGGAUUGCCACUGUGUCAUCAAAUCCCGAAGCAUUGUCAAGCCAAAUAAAAGUACUUCAGUCCAAGAAAAGGAUUUUGCAGUGAAACAACCUCAGAAGAAGUCUGCAGAUCAGUUAGUGAAGUGGCAGAUAAAUGGGUGGUCUUUUUUAGUGAGAACAGGUGAAUUUCAAUAGUGGAUUACAUUUCUGUUCUUAAAAACAUUUCUUUAAAAAAUUCUGCAAACUUGUACUAAAAAUGUGCAACCAGUAGAAGUCUGACAUGAGAUGUCUUUCACCUUAAAUGCAUCUGAUUUGGUUGUUGAGCUCUUUUCAGAAUUGAAGUACUAUUGUCAUGAAGAGGACUCUGAGAUGAAUAAUUUAAGUGCAACUAAAGUUAACUUGUUGUUUACAUAAUUAUAAAGGGUACAUAAACAUUUUCAGGUAUGCUAAUGUUAUUUGUAUUGUCAUUGUUAAAGCAUUUCUCCCCUCUGCAGUAGCUGCAGGUUUGUUCUUUUGAUUAGCAGCAAAGCCAUGCUUCCAUGGGAUAGUUGCUUUUUCUAAAAGAAAGUAUAAGUGCUUGUGACCUAAGUGGGUACAUUUGUUGAUGAUGAUGAGAGAGGGGGUUCUGGAAUGUUGUUGAAUGCUGGAGAGUUAUGUGAUACCAUAGGAGUUAAACUCAAUCAGUCUUGUAGCCAGUUUAACUGUUGGCAAAUAUGCUGUUUGCUCUUGUUUUGCUUCAGAUUCCCCCUCCCCUGCCCCUUGCAAAAAGGCCCAGUGUUUACAGUUAAAAUUAAGUUGGUACUGUAUGCAAGUUACCAGGUCCUAAAUAUUUUCUGCAUCCCUUCCCCAAUCACUUACCCAAAGUGUUGAAAAACUAGAGAGUAAGCGUCCAAGAGUGUGAAAGAGGGAGUUUGUACAAUAUACAUAACAUAAAAGGAAGGAUGAGGACUGAGAAAAAUUAGACAGAUUCUGGAUGAGGUGGAAUAUUUGUGGAUAUUUUGUCAGAAAGGGAGUUGGAAAUGCAGUAUUAAAGAAACUGGUGAAAGCAAAGUGUUUAAUCAUUUUCACAAAAAGUGCAUUUAUAUACAAUGAAUGCAAGUUUGAACAUUUAAUGUGACUCUGUUCUCGCUAACACAAAAACCUGUUUGAUGAGAGUCCUUAGAAGUAUUUACAAAUCAGAAUUGAUAUUUAUUCCUCCACUGAUUUAUAGAUACAGAGGUUAUCUAUUAAUUAGAUGUAUUAUUUUAGAUAUGUAUUAACUUGCUAUGGCUGGUAACCAUGAGUAUGUCUCAAAAUAUUAACAUCCAUUUAGUUAAUUUUAAUAUUAUUGCUUAUUUCUACUGAUGAGUAUAGUUUAAAUAUUUGCAUAGAUAAAAAAUGUUUUGCUAGGAAGUGCUGUCUGGUGAAUUAAUUUUAACAUGUGGCUUUGUCUUGAGAACACUGAUGCCAUUCUGUUUUUUUUCUGUUGAGUCCUGUAUUGACUGCAGGUGUAGAGCUUGGUUAAUACUAUCCUAUGUAAAUUGAAUUAUUUAUGAAAUGAUGAUUGCAUGCAUAUAAGGCUGUGAAGUCAAAUAUUUAGGAAAAAAGCGGCAGUGCCUUUCCUUUUGUAUCUUCCACAUACCCCAAACAUUAACUGUUUUAUACAGAACAAAAUAGCACCAUUAAUUGAAAACAAAGGUGACAAGACAUAUUCUUGAUAUUUAUAGUCUUUGUUUUUGUUUGGUUAAGUGUUGUGCACACUAAAUAUCCCUGCAAGUCCAGCACAAAGCCUGGUAUAGUAACUCUUCUGAAUAUGUUUGAAGUGCUUAAUUUUUUUGUGGACGUUGGGAAAAUUCAGUUGUGAAACCAUAUAAAAUAGCUUACUACUGUGAGCUGUUCCAGAAAUGAAAGUUUUCUAGAAUUUCUGCCAGGUUACUGUAAUGCCUUUAAGCGAUUAUGGCUGGAAAACAAGACCUCUUAGUAAUGAUAUUUUAAAGUUCAAAGCAGAGUCUUGCAUGGAUGUGUGUGCACUAUAUAUAAGAGAAAACUAGAUUACAUUUUUAAAAAGAAUUGUUUUGUACAAGCCAUUAACAUUUGCUAUGAUGGCUUUUAUUUUUUGUAUUUCUUUAUCUUUGAUUCAGAAAAUAGUGAAUGUUUAUUCCUCUGAGAGGAAUAGGAAGCAAUGCUAGUAGUAAUUACCUGGAUACUUCCGCCUUUUUUUUAUAUUAUUCCCUAAGUAUUUAUGGACAGUUUUGUUUAACAGUGUAGAAGCUUUUUCUUUUUUUAAAAUACUCAAUCCCAUAUUACUUCCUUUGUUGCAUGUCAGCCAGAGACAGCCCCACAUGGUAGGUGCAUGCAUGCUAAUGUUCUCGUUUUCCUCUGUAAAGAAGGUAGUGUACAAGAAAAGUGUUUCUUGCAUAGUUACUGCUGCACAUAAAUGCAUAUUUUUACAGCUUGUCACCUUAUGGAAAAAGCACGUUUGUUACAUGUUAAAGCUUUAUGACAAACACUCAUGUUUUACUUGCUGUUCUUGCAAGUGUAUAGUUUUAAAAUGUUCUUGUUUAAAGUUACCAAUGAAUUACUCUUGUGACUUAAAACAGCAAAUGCUACGAUGUAUUUAUUUACUCCCAGUUCUGUCACUUAACUAAAAUGUUGGCUAUUUCACAUCAGCAUUAUAUUGAAAGUGAAGGGAGAUAAUACAAGUUUUUGUAACAUU